CUUUGAAAGCCGCCGACUAGAGCUUGCCGUCAACAGUCAAGAUGGCAGUGCUGUGGCAGCUCAUGCUCCUGUGCUGGGCAUGGAGUCCUCUGUGUCUGUCAGCCAGGGUAAGUUUCAUUGGAACACCAGAAGAGUGUAAAAAGGCUCACUUUGUCCCCGGUUACAAUCUGGGUGGAGAAGGCUUCGACAUCGUCACAAUGGAGCGGAAAGGUGCCUAUGUGAUCGACACUGAAACAUGGAAGCUUGAAAAUGGCACUUGCAAGUUAUACAGAAACGGCUACAUGAAGGAAAAACAGAAGGUCCCAGUUACUGUGGUGGACUGGAGAACCCUCCCUAAGUGCAGUUUAAAGGUCUCCAGUAAAGUUUAUGACUCUGUCGAAUCUAUUAUCAAUGAUUCCACAUCAUCUGUGUCUAAUGAUUGGAAAAUUGGCCUUAAUUUUACUGUAGACCCCACCACAGUUUUUGUGCCAAUUUAUGGAGGUUCCCACUCCAAAAAAGCAACCUUUGCCACGAAAAAGUCAAAAGAAGACCGCUACACCUUCUGUCACCAUUCUGUCUACUGUAACUUCUACCGCUACAGACUGGCAGCAAAUCCCCCAAUGAGCCAUGAUUUUGAAACCGCUGUCAACUCUCUUCCUUCCUAUUCAAAUAAAACUGAACCAUUAUAUCGCAAUGUGAUCGACACCUAUGGUACACAUUACAUCACACAAGUGUUUCUGGGAGGUGAAAUGAAGGCAGUCACGGCUAUCAAGACCUGUGAGGCGACUAUGAACGGACUGUCAGCAACAGAAAUCAAUGACUGUUUGUUAGUUGAAGCCUCAGCUAGAUUUGCAUGUCCUGAGAGCAUUAAGUCAAUGAUGCAACACUGUGCGACAAAGAGGAAGAAGCUUUCGAUCCCAAGUUUCAGCGAUGCAUUUAAUGAGCGUAACACAGAGGUCAUUGGUGGAAACAUUGAUGGAGCUGAUAUUCUUUUUCAAGGCCAAUCAAAUCCAUCUGUCUAUAAUAACUGGCUUAAAUCACUGAAGAAAACACCUGAUGUGGUCCGAUACAACUUAAAGCCCCUGCACACCAUACUGCCAAGUGCUCAUCCUGCAAGAGCCGGACUGAAGCGAGAGGUGGAGAAGUACAUUAAGAAAAAUGCAGUGUUGAAGAAAUGUUCAGAAACCUGUAAGAUUGGGAAGAGGUCAGGCAAGAGGGAUCCUUGUGCUUGUGUCUGCAACAGUAAUCAGAAUAUCAAGUCAAACUGCUGUCCUGCUGGGAAAGGUCUCGCAACAUUAAAGGUGUUCAAGCUUUAUGCACAGGGUCUGUAUGGUGAUAGGUGGACUCAGACAGAUGGUUCAGUGGAGGUCAGAUAUGGUUACCAGGUAAAGCGCACUGCUAUUAUACUAAACAAUGACAAUCCUAAAUGGAAAGAGACCUUUGAAUUCGGACCCAUCAAAAUUGACAAGAAAAGCAAACUUACAUUCAGUAUUUAUGAUGAGGAUACUUACUGGAACAGUGAUCUGCUUGGUAUGUGUUCAUUUGAUCUGCGUAGAGGAAAUGUGAAAGACAGCUGCAUGUUAAAUCAUGGUACCCUCUUCUUCUCCUACAAAAUAAAGUGCGCACCAAGUCUUGGUGGUCAGCAAUGUCAAGAUUACAUACCUUCCCCCAUAAGUGCCUCUCUGGCCACGGCCUUCUACACCAGAAACGGGGUCCUCGCUGGAGAGUCAGGGGAGAAGCAUGCAAAACCAGUCAGUCAGUCAGGUGGAGGUCAGCUGCUGAUGUGAGGUGAUGGAAGGUGUGAUUUCACAAUGACUAUGUUGCAUUAUCUGUUGCUAGUAUCUGUUUUGCUUUUAAAUUGUUACUCUUCUUUUUUCUUUGACUUCUGUGUGCAAAAAUAAUUUGACAAGUUUUUCUGUUUCUCUCUCUCUUGUAACAUGUAUGUUAUAAAAUCUGCCAGUAAAGCAUCAACAA